AUGGAAGAAGUUGUUUUACUAGGAAUGAGAGAUAAAGAGGGUUAUUUGUCUUUUUGGAAUGAAAAUUUAUCAUUUGUAUUAAGAGGUUGUAUAUUGAUUGAACUGGCAUUCAGAGGAAAUAUCCAAGUAAUAGAUGAUCCAUCUAGGAAACGUUUUGACUUAUCAGAUAGGUUAAUUGAAGUGGUAAAUCCAAAAAAAACCGGGGAAUUUCUGUUAGAUGAAACAUUACAAAUGAUGAAAUCUGAAGAAUCACAAUCAAUAUCAACAUGGAUAGAUCUAUUGAGUGGUGAAACAUGGAAUAUCUUUAAAAUAAAUUUACAAUUGAAACAAGUUAGGGAAAGAAUUUCGAAAGGUCUUGUUGACAAAGGGAUCUUGCGAACAGAGAUGAAAAACUUCUUCCUUUUUGAUAUGGCAACACACCCUGUAGAGGAUUUAAAGUGUAAGGAAAUGAUUAAAAAGAGAAUAUUAUCAGUGUUGCUACCACAGACAGCAGUGAUAUUAGCCGAUGAAUACUUCCCAGAAACUGUUCAACUUAGAUGUUUAAGGACAAUUGCCCUAAUAUUAUCUGCAUAUGCAGGAAGUGUGUUAGAAAAUGUGGCAAGUGAUUUAGACUAUCAAAAGAAAGAUGAUUUAUUUGUCAGGACCUCAGAAAUAUUAGAUCAGUCUUCAGUGUAUCCGUUUGAAUUUGAUAAUAAAAGUUCGACUAAUAUUGCGACGAAUUUAAAUCAACUGGUCGAAAACGAAUUGUCAAAGGACAAAAAUCUGAAUUUAAAACUGGAAACAAUAGCCGGCGUAUUUGAAGUAUUUUUAAAAAUGGACAGUAUAGUGUGA